AUGACCUUUUUUUAAACAGCUGCCUAUACAAAAACUACUUAAACGAUCGAUUUUUUAUAGUUACUUUUACAAUAAAUAUAGCAUCAUAACACGAUAAUAUUUUUAUACAUAUAGCACUGAUAUUUAUACUUGUACAUCAGACUGGGAACUCUUCAAAAGACUUCAUAUUAAUAUGAGAUUUUCUGUAAUAUUUUAUUAAUAAGUUUUCUCUGCAAGCCUAAGAUUAACUAAAAACUAAUACGUGUUUUCGAAAUUUUAAUUCCUUAUACAAAGUCUUCAAUGUAAGUUACCAUGCUACAAGGAAGUAAAGCAACUCGACGUCAGUAUCGUUUAUGGUUAAGAGAUCCUAUCCCUAAGCCACCGAAGUCCACAGCCUAUAGAUACAAACUACAGGAAAAUGAAUGCGAUCAGGUGCAAUGUACAGUUGCCUCACAGGAUAAUUAUUUACUCGAAGAAUGUACAGAGAUUGUUACAGCGUGCAACUUAGAUCCUGUCAAUAACAGUUUCAAUACCGUCUGUGAUAAAAAUGAUGAAACGGACACAGUUUUAACUCUUUCAUCCUUGUGCAGUGACUCUGUCAGCGAUGAAGUAUGUAUCAAUGUUGUGUGUUAAUUCUAUGCAAAUCAAUACGUUAUCCGACCCUUUUUAAGUAGGCUGUCUUCCUGUUUUUUUAAGUUUUCUGUUUUUUGAAUAUGCAAAAAGUAUUCGUUUCUUUAAGUUUACUAUACUUUAGCUCAUCUUGGGUUCAUUAUUGUAUUGAAUACAUAAUAAGAAGACUUAUGAUUCUUUGAGAAAUUAUAUCGAAUAAUUUAAUUGUACCAUAGGUUUUUGUUAAAUA